AUGGACUAUGGACUUCAUCCACCAGCAACUGUGUCUACUGGUAGUAUAACAGUUUCAACUGAUGGACUUCAUCCUCCACCAACAACGGCGUCUACUGGUAGUAUAACAGUUCCAACUGAUGGACUUAAUCCUCCACCAACAACGGCGUCUCCUGGUAGUAUAACAGUUCCAACUGAUGGACUUCAUCCUCCACCAACAACUGCGUCUCCUGGUAGUAUAACAGUUCCAACUGAUGGACUUCAUCCUCAACCAACAACUGCGUCUACUGGUAGUAUAACAGUUCCAACUGAUGGACUUCAUCCUCCACCAACAACUGCGUCUCCUGGUAGUAUAACAGUUCCAACUGAUGGACUUCAUCUACCACCAGCAACUGCGUCUCCUGGUAGUAUAACAGUUCCAACUGAUGAACUUCCUCCUCCACCAGCAACUGUGUCUCCUGGUAGUAUAACAUGGUUGUAUAUCAUGCGUGACAAUGUCUAUGGUUGGAGUUAA